GCUAUUACUAGGUACUUUUUACCUAUUGUCACCAGAACAGAACAGACGCCUACCCCGUCUGAGCCCUCGCAUACAAUACCCGGGGACUCACUCCUGGAGCCACACCCCCCUACCUUGGCCCUACCUUGGAUCUGUCACAUCGAUUCUAGCGUCCCUAACCGGGAAGUAGCUUAGCUUCCCGUUGGCGCCUUUGUCUCAGCAUCGACUAGGUACUCUGCCACGGUUGCUUGCCCAUCCCCAUUAUCCCUGUCCACCACGCAGCAACCUUAUCCUUGACCCGCCAGAGUUACAUAUUAUAACAACCAUCACUCCCUCUCGCCCACGACGCACAUCUUCUUUUCGACUCUUCCUCUACCACGGCGACUUCUCCGCAGCUCCUAGGCAUCCCGUCUUCUCAUCCUUCCGAGUCAUUCACUUGACUUGAAGCUACUCAACUAUUCAACAGCCAAACUUUCUACUCAACUACCACUUAGACACCAUCAUCAUGCCUUCAGCCAAGCCGAAGCUCGCCCAGCUGAAAACGCCGGUCACGGCAACCUUCCCUUCGGAGCUCUCUGCUCUAUCGGCCAGGACACCCCUCUCCGCCGUCCCGGACUUUAUCAAGGAGGAAUUCCCUACCAGCGCAAAGACUCCUAUCACUCCACCUACAGCCUAUAUGGAUUUCCUAAAGGCUAUGUCGAUGCCCUCGCCAGUUGUUACGGGGAAGAGGUCAGGAACGAGCAGCCCUGAAGAUGACUCAACUCAGGAUUCGGUCCCAUCGACCGCAAGCAGCGAACAGACAGACUGUUCUUGCAAAUGCGGCAACCACAAGUCACUAGCCGGUAUUCCUUCAAGCCCUCUUCCAGGUCAGCCCAUGUCUGCACCACCAGCGGGAGUGACAUCAUUCCCGAGCCUUCACAUGCCUCCAUCACCCGCUGUAUCAACGAUAGAUUCGCCACUGAGCUCAACAGCACGAUCUCCGUUCAGCGCAAGAUCGGUACGGUCACCGUUUGACUGGGAAGCGGCAUUGAAGUCCAGGUACUCGCAGGGUUGUAGGGCACACAAACCGUCGGCCAAGACUGUACGUCACAUUCGGGAGGUUGUCACGAGGACCGUCACAUAUACGCCAAAGAUGGAGCCGGCACCGAAAGGCAAGCGGAGGAAGACAACGCAUCUAGACUGUUCCAAGGUCCAAGCAGCGGCGGCGGCAGCAGCAGCAGCCCGGACGAACACGGUUUAGGCAACUCACUUGAUUAGACCAUCUUACCGAAUUACUUACUCAACUACGAACGAACUAAAGUCAUGGCACCAUCCCCACCCCUGAUUCUAUUUUGGCAUCUACGCCAGGAAUUGACAUCUAUUUUCCAUUUGUUCAUAACUAUCACUCCCUUCCUCUCGCCUACCCACCCGCUCGCUCAUUCAUUAACACGCGCAAAUUACCAACUUACUCUCACUCACUCUCUAUUU